GCUAAAUUAUGGUAGCGUAGAUUUAUAUGAUUGUACCUGAGGUACUGCGCACUCGUAUGUGUAUAAAAGAGCCCGCUUACUCGUACAUGCCAAGCGAUGGCUUCGGGAGCAGCCUCAGAAACAGAUCGGUCACUCCAACUGACAUCAACCCGCAGGCAACUUAUUCUACCACUAUUUGCGCCAACAACACCACCAAAGCUAUCCUGAUCACAUCAAAUACCAAACACCGUUCGCUCUUGCGAUCCAGCCUGGCACUAUGGGUGCUCUUCUCUCUUUGCCAUUGCUGGCUGUGCCUAGCAUGGGCACCGUACGUCUCCCAAACACCAUACAUCCACUAUCCGAUUCUUGAGCCUACCUGACAUUUUAUAGUUCCUAGGCUUUGCAGCCAGUUGUUGCGGUGCGGCAACUUGCUCAGCAGUCUGCAGUGCCUGCGGGAAGUGUGGCAAUAGGUGAGCUUAACCUGUAAAUCAAAAGCCCAAAUCCCAUCGCUAACAACCUCAGUGUUGCGACAAGAAUAGCAUACGCCCUCAUACUCCUUGUCAACUCGAUCCUAUCAUGGAUAAUGCUUACUCCGUGGGCGAUCAACAAACUACAACAUCUGACGCUUGAUUAUAUGACGAUUACCUGCCCGGAUGGAGCUUGUUAUGGAUGGGUUGCGGUCCACCGAAUCAACUUUGCGCUAGGAAUAUUCCACCUGAUAAUGGGUCUGCUUCUACUCGGCGUCAACUCCUCAAAAGAUCCUCGAGCUUCUAUCCAAAAUGGAUUCUGGGGUCCUAAGAUCAUUGCCUGGUUGGCCUUGAUUGUGGUUUCCUUCUUCAUUCCCGAGGCAUUCUUCAUGGUCUGGGGUCAAUAUAUCUCCUUGAUCGGCGCCACUCUCUUUCUCCUACUCGGUCUCAUACUCUUGGUCGAUUUAGCACACAGUUGGGCAGAAUAUUGUCUCGGAAGGAUUGAGGAGACCGAUUCUCGUGUAUGGAGGGGAAUUCUGAUCGGAUCUACCUUGGGAAUGUUUGUUGGUUCUCUCGUUAUGACGAUCCUUCAAUAUGUUUUCUUUGCAAAGGACGGAUGCUCCAUGAACCAAGCCGCCAUUACGAUAAAUUUAAUUCUACUACUCGUCUGUUCAGUAGUUUCGGUUCAUCCAGCAAUCCAGGAAUACAACCCCAAGGCUGGUCUGGCCCAGUCCGCUAUGGUUGCUAUUUACUGUACCUACCUUACAAUGUCGGCUGUUUCUAUGGAGCCAGAUGAUAAGCAGUGCAACCCUCUCAUCCGAGCUCAGGGCACUCGAACAACAUCGAUCGUUAUUGGUGCUAUUGUCACCAUGUUGACUGUUGCCUACACAACUACCCGAGCCGCAACGCAAGGCAUCGCUCUGGGAGGCAAGGGAAAGAGAAUCAGACUUCCAGAUGACGAUGAGCAUGAUUUGGUCACUCAGCAACCCGACAGCCGCCGUGAGAUGCGUGCUGCCGCACUUCGUCAAGCCGUAGAAGAAGGAAGUCUUCCCGCAGACGCUCUCCUGGAUGAUGAUCAAGAUAGCGACAGUGGAAACAGCGCAAAGGACGACGAGAGAAGCUCAACUCAAUACAGCUACGCUCUCUUCCACGUUAUAUUUUUCCUAGCAACAACCUGGGUAGCGACCCUCUUAACCAUGAAUAUCGAAGAAUCUACCAAGGACGGCAAGGACUUCGCGCCAGUUGGGCGAACAUACUGGGCUAGUUGGGUGAAGAUCAUCAGUGCCUGGGUUUGCUACGGUAUAUAUACCUGGACAUUGGUCGCUCCUAUCGUGUUACCUGAUCGGUUUGAUUUUUCUUGAAUAGCUGGUAGACUGUGAGAGGCAUAUGGCAUGUCAAGCGUGUUGUCGGUUUAUAUACAUUUAUGUUAUAGCACUACGGAUGGGGUUGGUGGAUUUGAUUAUUUUGCAUUGGUAUGCGGGGAUAUGACAUCCCACUUUUUUCUUAUGUUCGUUUGGGGUUGGAGGGUCUUCAGAUGCAUGAUACUUAGGAUGAGGGCCCAUUUUAAUCAAUUGCAUUUGUUUAUACCAACUACA